GGUUCCGGUUCUGUGGCCGCAGCAGCUCGUCGGGUCGAGGCAGUGGAGCAGAUAACAGCCCGGUUACAGAUUAACAGAAAUGAUCCGAGCUUUGGCAGGAACACCUGCAGCCCUCAGAUGUUUGUUUCAGAUUCAGAGAUGGGAAGAACCGAACUGACGUCCUGCGUGCUGGUUCUGGUCGGAGCCGCGGCGGCCCAGACGGGCCAGGCCAGCCGCCCGGAGCGGCUGCUGCCCCAGUGGCUGACGGGGAUCGUCGCCGUCUGCGGCUUCCUCAUCCUCACCUUCAUCGCUGCGCUGGUGAAGAAGGUCUGGUGCGAGUCCAGCAGCAGGAGCUCCAGCGUUGACGGCGCCUUUGCUGAGAGCAACCCGUAUGAGAGCAACCUGGACGGCCCGAGGCCGAGGAGCAGCCUGGAGUUGGAGAAGGGGAAGUACGAGACGCGGCUGGACCUCGCCAGGGCCAGAGACGGCAGCAACGUCUACGACAACGUCAUCGCCGCCGAGGAAAAAUCUACGGCCAUGUGACCGGCCAGCAGGCGUCCCAUUGGCUCCAGCCUUCCUUAAAUCAGAAUUCAAUCUUCCCGAUCAUCUCGUGAUCCUGGCCUAGAGACCAGUAACCCAUAGCAACCAGACCCCUGUAGCUGUUCCAGAUGAAUCAGUUAUCUGAACGGUUAAUGAUUCAUCGUUCAGUGAAAACACGAUGAAAUGUUUCUGUUCUGUGUGAAUGACAAACGUUUUGUAAUAAACUGUUCUGAUCCGA